AUGGCCUUUGACCGGUAUGUUGCCAUUUGCAAUCCUUUACGAUAUGAAAUGAUAAUGAACAGAAAGGCUUGCACCAAAAUGAUCGGUGGUAUAUGGACUGCCAGCCUUCUCAAUGCUUCAUUACACACUGUUGCCACUUUCAUUACUCCUUUCUGCUCUAAUAUUAUCAACCAGUUCUUCUGUGAAAUCCCGUAUUUACUUAAGAUUACCUGCUCUGGUUUAUAUUUAACUGAAAUUGGAGUUAUAAUCUUCAGUGCUACAUUAUCAAUUGGUUCCUUUGCCUUUGUCCUUGUGACUUAUGUGCAUGUCUUCUCUGCUGUACUGCAAAUUCCUUCUGUUCAAGGAAGGAAAAAGGCCUUCUCUACUUGCCUACCACACCUCAUUGUCUUCUCCCUAUUUGUGUUUACUGCUUGCUUUGCUUACCUAAAACCUAUAGCUGACAGUCCAUCAAUUCUUGACUUUAUAAUAACAAUAAUGUAUUCCAUUAUUCCAUCUAUGUUGAAU